UUCCUUCGUUUGGCCUUAAAUAUUCAUUGCCGUAGGGUUCCAUUUUUUCCUGUUCCAAUUCAAGCGAAGCGUAGCACGGAUCUAAGCUUAACUGCUUCUCCCGAAACCGCAAUCCUGCUAUUUUAAUCAUGUCUAAGCCUAGAGUUUACUUUGAUAUCAGCGCGGGCAGCACCGCGGUCGGCAGGAUUAUCAUGGAGCUGAGAGCUGACGUCGUCCCAAAAACUGCAGAGAACUUCCGAGCCCUGUGCACCGGGGAGAAGGGCUUCGGCUACAAGGGCUCCAGCUUCCACCGCGUCAUCCCCGGUUUCAUGUGCCAGGGAGGGGACUUCACGAACCACAAUGGAACCGGAGGCAAGUCCAUCUACGGCACCAAGUUCGCCGACGAGAACUUCACCUUGAAGCACGGCGGGGCGGGCACUCUCUCCAUGGCCAACGCCGGCCCAAACACGAACGGGUCCCAGUUCUUCAUCUGCACAGCCGAGACCAGCUGGCUGGACGGGAAGCACGUAGUGUUCGGCACUGUGGUGGAGGGUCUUGACGUCGUGAAGAAAGUUGAGACUUACGGUUCCAGCAGCGGCAAGACCAGUGCCAAGAUCGUGGUCACAGAUUGCGGCGAGCUGUGAAAAGGCACUUCCUCACACACCUAUCGGUCCUCUACAUUCCUCAUGGUGGAGAUUUGUCCCCCCUACCCCCCCGCCGCCCCCUGUCCCCCCCCACCCUCAUCCGUCCCUCCUUAAUUUGGUCAUGUCCUUGUCUUAACUAGCUGAAUUUGUGGGCUUGCCUUCUGAGGUUUUUUGUUUUGCAUUUUAGAAGUCCUGCAGGGCUUCAAAUUUGUUUUUCAAAAAUCCGAAAUAAAGGGGAACAAAUUACCUUAAAA